CGCCAACGUGAGCCGAAGCUACAACACCUCAUCGCUUCGUCACGGGCCCGACGUGCACAAGGGUACUGAUAAACCUUCAGCGGCUCGAGCUAACCAUCGCAAGCAGUCAGUUUUGAGUGAGAUGGAUAGACGAGGCAGUGCACGCUGUCAAAACUAGGCGACGCGAGCUCAGGACGACUUGAUUCCGGAGUCACGGCGACCUUGGGGCCAGAGUCGAAGGAUUGGACACGAUGAGUUCUAUAAGAAGCCAUCUCGUCGACAAUUCCAGCUCCCUCUCAACUCAUCAAAGCCUAACAGUCAACCAUCCUUGCCUCUCUCACCAUGUUCACCACCCGCUCUCUCUACCUCGCCCUACUCGCCGGCGCUUUGGCUGCUUCUGCCAGCCCCCUGGUCCGCCGCGACGUCCCCUCCGGCACGGUGACCGACAAGACGAUCUCGUACACUGAUUUCUCAACCGGUGUCACCGCCUGCGGCCAGAGCUACGACUCAAGCCUGAACGAGCAGAACUCUAUUGGAGUCGAUACCGGGUUCGGCGUUGAGGCGUGCGGCCGCUCCGUCACCAUCACGGCGCCUAACGGCCAGGUCCACUCAGGGAUUGUCGUCGACCUCGGCGCCGAGAAUGGUAACCUCAAUAUCAGCCCAAGCAUGUUCUCGCAGUUCUACAACCUGGACCAGGGUGUCUUCCAGGGUGACUACAAGCUUGACUAGUUGAGAGUCGGCGGAGGCGCCGUUCGUGGCGUGUUGCCACCGCCUGCUUGCAAUGCAAUCCCAAAC